ACGCACGCACGCUCAGCUCAUUGCGCAGUUUGGAUCAUGUUUAUCAACCUCUGCUCUGUUCACACGCGGGUAUUUCACGAUUCAUAACAGUUUGAGGAUAAAGCCGUUAAACCGUUUGAUAACGAGGAGCUUACGUGAAUCUCCUCCAAGUGGCCUGAGUCACGGACGUGAGGGUCAGAUCCCUCCACGAGCUGGACAUCUAUGAUCCCACAUUCAUGUCAUCUCACGGCCGAGGGGCUUAUUCCUGCUGACCCUGAGCAUUCCCCCUCUUCCCAGGGUUUUGUGUAAUUCAUGAGCCAGCAGGAUGCUCCAUCUGUGCGAGCACUCUCUGAGCGUCUCCUCGUGGCCUCGCACAAGGGCCGAGCCGAUCAUGUGGUCCAGCUCAUCAAUAAAGGGGGUAAAGUAGCCACCACUAAGAAUGGCAGGACACCUCUACAUCUGGCGGCAUAUAAAGGCCACAUCGCUGUCGUGAGGAUUCUCCUGGCAGCCGGAUGUGAUCUGGACAUUCAAGAUGAUUGUGAUCAGACAGCGUUACACAGAGCAGCGGUGCUGGGAAACACAGACGUCAUCUCGGCUCUCGUACAGGAAGGGUGUGCGCUCGAUAGACAAGACAAGGAUGGCAACACUGCGUUACAUGAGACGGCGUGGCACGGCUUCAGUCAGUCUGUCAAACUGCUGGUGAAGGCCGGAGCAAACGUUCACGCUAAAAACAAGGCGGGAAACUCAGCUCUUCAUUUGGCGUGUCAGAACGGUCACGCUCAGAGCUCUAAAGUUCUGCUGUUGGCCGGUUCUCGUCCUGACAGUAAAAACAAUGCAGGUGACACGUGUCUGCACGUGUCCGCGCGGUAUAAUCACCUAACGGUGACUCGAGCGCUCCUCUCCGUCUUCUGCUCGGUGACUGAAAAAAAUCAUGCGGGUGACACGGCUUUACACAUUGCAGCCGCUCUGAAUCACAGGAAGACCGUACGCAUGUUACUGGAGGCCGGGGCUGACACUCACAUCAAAAACAAUGUGGCAGAGACGGCUCUCGGUCAGGCACGUGAAAAUGACAACCCGGAGGUGGCGCUGAUGUUAACCAAAGCAUCGCAGAGCUUCAGUCGAGGACGGACGGUGAGGAAGAGGAGAGACAAGAUGAAGACUGAAGGUCGAGCGCAGUCGGUCCCGCGUGAUGACAUGUUACAGAGAAAAGACAGUGAAUCUCCAGCUAAUGACACUCAUCAUGGCAGUGACGGUUCUCUCCCGCACAAGGACAGCAUGUGUGCCACAGACACACCAAACAAAAACCUGGAGAAUAAAGUCAAAGAGAAGGUGUCUCCAUCAGACGCUCUCAUCAGAAGACACAAACACAGUGAUGUUAAGAAGAAGAGUAAAGCUGACAGAUCAUUUCCAUUGACUGCUCCUCAUAACUAUAAAGCCUAUCAGCUCUACACACUUUACAGAGAUCAAGACGGAAAAAUCAUGCAGGCGCCGCUGAACGGCUGCAGAUGUGAACCUCUCAUUCAUAAACUGGAGAAUCAACUCACGGCCACUAAAGAAGAAAUGCAGUCAGAGAUUCACACAGUCCAGCAGCUCAUGAACACAAAGAUGGGUCAACUGGACCUCAGCAACAAACAUCAGAUCAGAGCUCUUGAUAAGAUCACUUCAGAGAGAGUUUCUGCUGAGAGGAUCCAGUGUUUACAUCGCAUUGACAAGAGAGUCAUGCAGGAACGACUGGAAGGAGAGAAGAGACGGGAUUCUGUGGUCAGUGAUCUGAAGAACUGGUGUCUCUCUAAGAUCCAAAGUUUGGAGACGCGUCUCACCGGUGACCACACUACAUUACACCGCUCCUCAUCCUCACCAGAUUGUGAUCAUCAUGCUGUCGGGGGCGGAGCUCUGAGCAGUCAAUCAAACCAGUCGGAUGAGAAGGAGGGGGGCGGGACUGCAGCCACGAGCUCAUGUGCUGACGACGGAUCCACCGGUUACUAUGUGAUUGAGGUGGACGUGUCAUCAGAUGAUAAGCAGCCAUCAGAGAAUCAGUCUGCGUGUAUCGUCCGGCCCAAGCGACGUUCUCGGGCGUGCAGUGACCCUCACAGAGCGCAGAAUGAAGCACAGGAUUCCGAUGUGAACACGAGAUCUCUCCCCGAUCACAGGAAGAAAAGUUCCCAACAAAGAGCAAAGACCAAACAAGACAAUCAAAUGUCAAGAGGAGGCACGCUGGAGGUGACGCAGUAUUUCUUUGAGGCGGUGACUCUGCAGAUGGAGCGCUGGUAUGAAAGGAAGAUAGAGGAAGCACGCUGGCUGGCCAAUCGGAGAGCUCGAGACGACAGAGACGCUCUGAUUGACAGAAUCAAACACCUGGAAGAUGAACUCAAACUUCUGAGGACUAACAAACAAGAGGAGAGCUCAUAAAUAACAAGUCCAACAUUUGUGUUUGCAGACCUGUGUCAAUGUGUCACUGCCAAAGAUGUGUUUAUAAUCUCCUGUGAUCAAACAUUUGUGAUUCUUCAACAUCUGCCGUCAGUGAUUUCAUUCUCAAUGACACUGUUUGAAUCUUUCAUAACUUCAGAUAUUGAGUAAAGGUUCUUGGUUAUAUGUUUCCACUCCAUUAUUCUUGUGCAGGUGAAACUACACCAGUGAUAUUUUUACAUCACUGUGAUAUUAACAAGUAUUAUUGUGAAUUUUACAUGCUGGCCAUUUUUAAACAUUAAAUACAUAUUCUAGAAAUCAAAGAUCUUAAGUUUAACAUUUUGAAUGUAAUAAAAGUCUAUUUAGAUGCCAUGAAAGUGUGUUUUUAUGCAGACACCUGUUGAUUUUUUAAAGGAUAUUAUAGGUAAAUGUGAUCUAAUUUAACAUUGAAUUUGUUUUGCAUCAUUCAAGAUAUUUUAGAUUUUUCACACAAUUUUAUCCUCUUGUUUAACAAUUCUGCAUAUUGUGGGAUUAUUAUAGUUUUGUGGAUAGAUAUAAACAUCCUGAUUUACUUUCUCAAUGUACAGAAUUUCAACAAAUUUUACUUUAAUCUGAACCUGUAAUAUGUGUAGAUCACUUUUGAGUAUCAUUGUAGCUCCACACAAUGUUACAUUUCCAUGUAACACACAAUACGUCAUUUUAACAUGUUGUUGUUGUUUUUUACUGUACAUGUGCAUCUACUACUAGACAACAGCAGUUUACAGUUGUUAAAGGAAUUAAUAAUAUUGUGUUUGAACUGAGAAAAUAGACGAUGAAGUCAAACAAGUGUGUGUAAAAUGUGUUUAAUAAAUCUUUUUUAAUAACAGAAUAA